AGAAACAAUAUAACAUGAUACACCGUAACUGCAUUGAACAUGUGAGCAUAGGCACGGGGAGCCAUCGACACACCAGCUGGGAAAAAAAACCAACAAACAAAACAGCAACGCAAAAGAAAAAGAAACAAAAUGCUUAAUUCAACGAAUUUUGAUUCGACGUUUUAUGCGAUGGUUUGUGUGUGAUUUGUACAAAAUGAUGAUAAUACAUAUAUGUAUGAAAACAAAGCAGAAAAAGAAAAAAGAAAUGUAAACGGUAGUAGCGAACAGUCAACGCUGAAUACGAAUUAUCGCGGAAUGUGUGAUUUUUUUUUCGUUGUUGUUAUUGUUGUUGUGGUUUUCUGCCGUUCGUUGCCGUAUAGACGAAUAUACUAUUCACCCACCGGAAUUCUACAGUGUAUGAUCACGUUCGCGCUUGUGCUACCGUCUUCAUUCUCUUCCAUCCAAUUAGUCAGUCCAUUGUUUGCUGUGUUCACCGAUUAAAGUAUAAGUCAUUUUAAGGCAAUUGUUUUUUCUUCUUCUUAUCAUUCGUUCUCUAUUAACGUUAUCGUAGUCUGCAUUAUUGGUUUUCAAUUUUUCAAUUUUAUUUUAUACCAAUAGUCGAAUUAACGAAGAAAAAUGCUGUUCUGCAUUCGGUUGUGUUUUGUAUUUAUGUUUAUUGUAAAUGAGAUUAUUUGCCGGUCAGUCGAUACCAAUACGGUGCCAACGAUAGCCAUCGAUGGGGCAAAUCGAUUCAAUGUCACCACAACGAUUGGUGAUGUUGCGCUUACUACUACCACAACUGAGCCAACACCGCGUACAUUUGAUAUUUGCGAGUAUUUUGAUGACAAAAACGAAGUAAACAUGUUAAAACUGCGCAAUUCAAUUACCGUGGUAACAAAACUCUUCUGACAAUUAUGGUUGCGGCAGGCAAUGUUGCUGAGUAAAUUAGAAGCGCGAUUUCACAAUGCCGGCCAUCAAAGUGUGCGAUUCAUCGUUAUAACCAGAAAUGAGACCAACGCUCAGCGCAUUCGAAAUGCUAGCCGCAAAUUGGAAGUGAUCGCUUUAAACAAUACACAAACUAGUCAAUAUUUGCAACUUGAAGAUCGAUCGGUAUACAUAUUCGAUAGCUGCGGCCGAAUCGUUUAUGUGAUCCAUUAUCCGUAUAGUUCGGUGCAAAAGCCAUUUGUAAAAGCGGCCAUUCUAUCGACCAUUUACGAUCGACCUUGUGGAUAUUGUACACAAAUCGACGAUUAUGACGACGAUGAUGGUGGAGAUGAUGGUGAAGAGAGUUUCGUAACGGAAACCGAAACAACAACCACCGAUACACCUGACAUAACAACCGAAUUAACAGCAACACCUAUCAAUGACGAUGAUAACAUUUCGCAAUUGGAUCAAUUUGCAUCAACACAAUCGUCCAAUGAUGAUGGCCAAGAGACAACAACCGAAUUACCAAAUAGUGUCAAUGAUGUGGUACAACACGAAAAUGAAAUCGUCAAAUUUAGUCCACCGAUCAGUACGAGCAUAAUCGAUGACAGCAUUGGUGAUAUUGAAUCAUCGAGUUAUGCAUCUUACAUUGUACCACUUAAGAUAAUUUUACCCGUUGAACAUGUACAUAAGACCAACAACGAUUCAUUCGAACGUUUCAAUUAUAUUUUACUAAAAGUUGACGAUGCAUCCUAUCACGAGCAUAUAUACAGCGAUAAUUCUGACUUCCUGCUUCCCGUUGAGCGGAAAACAGAAUCGCCCACGGCGAAACCAGUUUCUGAUAUUGACAACAACACUGAAACAGUUACAAAUACACCAUAUGUGAUAAAUACGGAUGGAGGCAAAACGAUUUCAGAUUCGAUUCAACGUGAGGACGGUAGCGGCGGCGAUGACAGUGACACCGUUCUCGUUGAUUCGCUAGGUUAUCGCUAUGAAUUGGGAAAACACUAUCAAAUUAUGGACGAACAAGGAACAUCGGUCGUUGAAUUUGACGAAAUUUCAAUGGUACGCGAACGGACACCAAGCAAAUCGCACACUCCAAUUUCAAAGCCGAAACCAGAAAAUGCACCAAAAUCCACCACUGAAUCAGCACCAAAAAGCAAUAUGCACAGUGAACUGUACGAAGGUCAUUAUGCGAAAAUAUUUCAGUGGCUGCACUAUCAUCUGUAGUGCACAUUGAACGAGUUUUAUCAAAUGAAAAUGCGAUAAUAUAUGUUUUUCUUUUAAUUUAUUUGAAUUAAAAUGUGUUUCGUUUUCUAUAUUUGUUUUUGUUUUAAAUAACGAAGUAGUCUAUUGUAUAUUCCAAUGCAAUAAUUUGUUGUUUAUUUUCUUUUUCUCUUGCAUUUUUUUGUUUCUUUGUUUGCAUUUAGUUUUAUCCUAGCCGUCUUUUAUUUUCCUUAAACUCAGUUUUUACUCGCUUCGUUUUUUGAACAUGAUUAAGUUGUUUUUUUUUUUAAUAUUUAUAUAUAAGUAUGUGUUUUGUGUGUUUUCUCUUCUUUUCUUUACUCUCUAUAAUUCAAAUGAAUAAUGAUCAAUCAGUAAUCGUUUGAGAUUUCUUUUUUCCUACUACACAUGAUUCACAUACGAAGCAUAUGAACUGUUCUGGAUUUUUUUUUCGUCAUUUUUUUUCUUUUAAUAAUGUUUGUUGGUUUUUUGUCUUGAGAACGGAAUUUGCAUAUAGUUCAAGAGCCUAUCAAAGAAUUCUAAGCGUUUAACGAAAGAACAAAAUCAUACCAUAUUUCUCUUUAUUGUUUCAAAAGAGAAUAUCCAGUUUUUUUUUUAUUUGGCAUUUUGAAACAGUGUCAAUUUAUUGGAUUAUUUUACAGUAAUUCAAUUUAUCGUCAUCGUCAUUGUUUUUCGUUUGUCUUCAACUAUUCGAUUUCCCAGAUACAGCACCCUCUCCGAUUUGAUUUAAUUCGAGUUUGAAUCUCGUCAAUCUCAUCCACUCUUAAUUGUUAUCGAGCUAUCGAAAAUUCUCUCAACUUCAUUCAGGUAAAAUAAUGUGCAUGUUAUAUUUGAAUGCAAAACUUGUUCCGAAUAAUUGCAGAAAGAAAAAAAAAGAAUAAAUUCAAGAAAGAAAAAAAAAUUCGAAAAAACUACUUCAACGUAAUUCGUUUUUCUUUCCAUAUUUUGUUUUCAUUUUUUUCUUCUGUUAUUGUGGUUGCUGCGGUUUUUUUUAUUUUGUAUUUGUUUUGCUUUUUUCGUCUGCUUAUUCUAAACAUAUACAUAAUUUUAAACACUAUUCUUUUCAAUUUUAUGUAUUUUUUUUCUUGCUGUUGUCUUCAUUUUUUUUUUAUAAAAUAAAUUUAUUGUGUCAUGCCAAUAAAUAGACAUUAGGAAUUCAAUUAAGAGAAUUUACAACUCUGCUAUAUAGGAAAUCGGCUCUUUUCCAACCAAAAUAAAACAUAUUGGCCUUUGUUCGCAAAGUGAAUAUAAGAUUCAUAUUUUUGCAGACAUUUUUUUUCUUCAUAAAUUUAGAACAAUCAUCGUCGAUGAUAGUGGGGAUGGGAGGAUAAUUUGAUAAAAUAUACAUACACAAAAAAAAAUUCAUAAAACGAUUUACAAAAGAAAUCGAAUAUUUAAUCAUUGGAUUUAAACGGAAUGGAAAAAAAAAUUGCAUCUUUUUCCAUCAUCAUUCAAAUUCAACGCAUUUGUUUUUUAUUUUGCUCAGUUUCGAAAAGAUGAAAUCAAGAAAACAAAAAACAAAAAACAAAACAAAAAAUCGCUAGCUAAUUAAAUAAAUAAAAAUUGUGCCUGUAUUAAUGUUUUUUUUUUGGUUCUCUUUUGAGACAGAAGCUAUUUUGAAUGAGGCUUAUUUGGGAGGAAUUCUAAAUUUUCCCCUUGAAAAACACUCAUUGGUAUUUGUAUAUUGCAACAACAAAAAAGAGAGGAAAAUAUAAUUUAAAAAAUAGUUUCUAUUCAAUUUUUUUGGAAAAAAUUUCUCAUCAAAUAAAUAAAUUCGAACUUGCCGUCGAUUUGUUUCGAAAAUGGGGCAGUUCAUUCAUUGACAACAUCAUUUAAUAAAUAAAUCAUAUUGUUUGUGAUCACAACGCAUAACACUUAAAGAAAAAUGGGUCAAACGAAGAGAAAAAUAUUGGAUGAUGAUGAAACUUAAAAAGAAAAUAGGGAGCACGGAUGAAAAGAGAUUACGGCAAUGGGAACUUCGUACUAUUUUGACUUUGAGGAAAUUGAGUUGCUAUUGACACAAACCAAUACAUUUUUUCAUUUUUCUCGUUCAUCUUCUUUUUGGUCGAUUGCAAUUUUUUCUCUGCUAACCAAGAGUUGUUUCUUAUCUGAUCGGCUUUUUUUUUCACUGAAAUUAUCAAUAGAGUGAUGAAGAUGUUCGCUUUGAAUUCAUGUCAUUUAAUUCUUUACAUUAGCUCUGAAACUAUUUCAGAGCCAUUACGAGCACAACAAAAAAGUUUUCGUUCGUCUAGUAUCCAUAUUUCAAUAUGUAUUUUUUUAUGUAUGGAAAUUCUCAAAAUAAAAAUAACUGACUGAAUUAUGUGUGUUCGAAUUUCGAAA